AUGGCCAAGAAACGAGAACAGGAGCGCCAGAGGCUAGAGAAACUUGCAGAGACAAGUCAAUUGAGUCGAUAUAGACGUCGCAGCCGUAGCAGGAGCUUCAGUCGUUCUCCGCCAAGGUAUUUACCAUGCUUUAUUGCAAGGAAUGACACAUUGAAAGAUACAGGUCCAGUAGAAGUCCAAGUAGAAGUAGGAGCUCUCAAAGACACCAUUCCCAUUCGCACUCCCGUUCCCCAUCCCGAUCCCGAACACGCACCCGGUCCCGCUCUCAAUAUCAAAGAUCUGGCCCAUGACGUGUCACCCAGUCACCAAUUGGGCUCCACAGCCUAG